UCACCCCAUCUUCCAUCGCCCUGUCGCACGCUGCUACGCCCUCUCACCCCACGAAGCCCCGACUCGCUUGAAACACUCCUUCUCCUGCAGCCAUGGCCGACCACGACGAGCUCGACGAGGAUCUCUUUGCCGACCUCUACGAGAAUGACGACAGCAGUAACCCCAAGCCCGCCGCCCAAGCCGCUGCCCCUGCUGCCCCCGCGCAGCCCGAGCCGACGGCUGCGACAGAGCCCGUCUCGGCCCCCGCCCCGGUCGCAAGGGACGAGCAGCACCAGCCUGCCGCCCAGAAUGGCGGAGCCCACUCCGCUCCGCACAACGGUGAUGUACAUAUGAGUGGCAACGUCCAGAACGAGGCCGGCCACGCCCAUGCUGCGCCCGAAACUAACGACGACAACUAUGGGCCCAUCGGCAUCAAAGAGGAUGGGUGAGUCUCAUUUGAUACAUUAGUCUUCAUAGUUUUCCCGUAGCGUGUUGUUUGGUGUGCUUCACGACAAGAGGUAAGGCGAGCGAAGCGCGUCGGUGUCCGAGUGCGGACAGCCACAUUUCCACGGAUUUAGCGAUUCUUCAGGCCUUUUUUGAGGAUGCCAUGACGGCCGGGUUUCGUCUGCCGAAAGAGUUUGCGAUCAGCAUCGUUCAAUGUUCAUGAGUCUGCAUCGACUUGACCGUCCGGCGAGCCGCCUAGGGCGGCGCCGUUGACAGCUGGGACUCGUUGGUUCAAGAAUGCGAGAAGAAAGCAUUGAUCAGGCUUGG